GAGAAACGAUCCUCGAGAAUCGCAGGAUCGCUGAUGACUCCCUUCAGACCAUUCAGACGCCUCGCUUGAAGGAUAGGUGUGUGCCUGUGGGGUUACGGUCGUGGUCGUGGGUUCUCGAUCGAAACAAAGUCGCGUGGACAUUCCGAUUUCGUAUUAUGGAGCCGUACGAUGUAAUCGUUAAUCAGCCGGUGGUUAUUGAUAACGGAUCCGGUGUGAUCAAGGCGGGAUUUGCGGGCGACCAGAUACCUAAAUGCAGAUUUCCGAAUUACAUUGGAAGGCCAAAACAUGUACGUGUUAUGGCUGGUGCUUUGGAAGGAGAUCUGUUUGUGGGUCCAAUAGCAGAGGAGCAUCGUGGCCUUUUAUCUCUUCGGUAUCCAAUGGAACAUGGUGUGGUCACAGAUUGGAACGAUAUGGAACGUAUUUGGUCUUACGUUUAUAGUAAAGAUCAGUUAGCUACAUUCAGCGAGGAGCAUCCGGUUUUGCUUACGGAGGCACCUUUAAACCCCAGAAAGAAUCGUGAAAAGGCAGCCGAAAUAUUUUUUGAAACAUUUAAUGUCCCAGCCUUAUUUGUUUCCAUGCAAGCUGUACUUAGCUUAUAUGCGACAGGCAGAACCACGGGAGUAGUUCUAGAUGCUGGUGACGGUGUUACGCACGCUGUACCUAUUUAUGAAGGUUUUGCUAUGCCUCACAGUAUAAUGCGAGUUGAUAUAGCAGGACGUGAUGUUACAAGGCACCUUAGGCUACUUUUACGUAAAGAAGGUAUCAAUUUCAAAACCACGGCGGAAUUCGAAAUUGUCAGAAUAAUUAAAGAGCGAGCAUGCUACUUGGCCAGUAAUCCCCAAAAAGAAGAAACAAUAGAGACGGAGAAGUUUCAAUAUGUGUUACCUGACGGCAGUCACUUGGAGAUUGGUCCAGCACGAUUUAGAGCGCCUGAAGUGCUAUUUAGACCAGAUUUGAUAGGUGAAGAAUGUGAAGGCCUUCAUGAAGUAUUAACAUAUUCUAUUCAGAAGUCCGAUUUGGAUUUGAGAAAAGUUUUAUUCCAAAACAUCGUAUUAUCGGGAGGAUCGACAUUAUUCCGCGGUUUUGGUGACAGAUUAUUAUCGGAGAUUCGUAGGAUGUCGCCAAAAGACAUUAAAAUAAGGAUAUCCGCGCCUCAGGAACGAUUGUACAGUACUUGGAUUGGAGGUUCUAUUUUGGCUUCCUUAGAUACCUUCAAAAAGAUGUGGGUGAGCAAAAGAGAAUUCGAUGAAGACGGUAUACGGGCUAUUCAUCGUAAAACAUUUUGAACUUAAUUUAGAGAAGCUUUUGAAAAUGUUAUAUAUCGAAUAAUUUUAUUAUAAUACGAAAUGAUGGCACACACACUCGGCACGAUAACAAAAUGUAUCGCAGUAAGCAUAAUUUGUAAUUGUUGGAUAGCAACUUAUAAUUUCUAUUAUUUCCAAGAGUCAUUAGGCGUUUCUAAUCAUAUUUUUUAAGGUUCACACGAUAUAUAGUGCAAAAACCGUUUUGAUUUGUUUUUAUUUUAAACAUUUAAUGUGACUUUAUUUUGAUAAGUAUAUACAUGGUUGUGGCAAUAUACAUAAUUAAAUACGUGAAUAUUUCUGCAAAGACUGUAAAAGUAAAAAAAAAGCUAGCACAUCUCAAGAUCCCUUAAAAAUGUAAAUAAUGUCUUUUUGAAUCAAAUGGGUUAAUGUCAAACAUAAAAUUCCAAAUCGUUUAUAGAAUUUAUUUAUUUAUAUUUAUAUAUUUAUGCUAUGCGCCCACUCCUGUUACAUCUGUAUUACAUCUGUAUUACAAUAGAAUACACGAUCUUCACUUAUUAAGAAAGAAUGCUUUAUUUCGUCUUCAAUAUAGUGAAACGAGGUAUUCUGUAAUUUCUAUGUGCAGCAACAUUUAUGCAAAACAUUUGUAAAUAUGUACGCUUUCGUAAAAAUAAAUCUCUAUAAUCUUUAUAUAAACACACAAGUGCAUGUGAUUAAAAUAUGAAUUUUUACAAUUACAUUGUAACGUCGAGAUUUGUAGCUUUAUAUUAAACAAUUAAUUCCAACAUACUUUGUAUCGCAUGAGCUAUAUUGAUUUUUAAAUGUAUAUUAAAUAUUGAAGGAGAACACAAUCUUUGAUACCUUUUAUUUACAUGGUGUGCUUUAGCUGUGAUAAGAAUAGGGAUUUAGUUAUUGGGAAAUUUGUCGAUGUUCUUAUCGUUAUGUAACAAGAAAGACGAUAUUUAAAAAUAAUGAGCAAUAAUUCAGUUGAAAUGGAUUUAACACACGCAAAUUGUCAUACAAUAUCUGUUAGAAUUGUACGUUAUAAUUAUGCGUUAUAUAUAUAUACAUAAAUAUAUGCUUGCACUGUUCAGAGAGAAAAAAAAUAUCAAGAACAUUCAGAAACUUGUUAAUAAUUACUUAACGUCGCAUAUGUAAUGGAAAAAUACUCAAAACUAUGAAAUGCUACACGAGACAGAAGUACUGUAUUUAGAAAAUGCGCCUGAAUCAAUUUAUUAUUUAAAAGACAACCUGCAAAGGUAUCUAUAUAAAAGCUAGUGUUAACGAGUGUUUAUACCAUUUUUAAUUAUUUAACAAAUGUAUUUUUGUUUAAAUAAACAACUGUACAAUACA